AUUUUUCUAUCAGUUCCUUUUGGCCAACGAGAGGACAGUUGCCAAGGAGAUCAGGGACGAGUACGUGGACACGAUGAGCAAGAUUUACUACAGUUACUUCAAGUCGUACAGCGGCAGGCUGCUCAAAGUGCAGUACGAGGAGGUGGCAGACAAAGACGACCUGAUGGGAGUCGAAGACACAGCAAAGAAAGGUUUCUUCUCCAAACCGUCUCUGAAGAGCAGGAACACCAUCUUCACUCUGGGCCAGAGGGGGGCCAUCCUGAGUCCCGCUGAGCUGGAGGGGCCCAUCCUGGUCCCACACACGGCUCAGAGAGGAGACAGCCGGUAUCCCUACGAGACGUUGUUCCGCAGCCAGCACUACGCUCUGCUGGACAACGGCUGCAGGGAGUACCUCUUCCUCUCCGACUUCUUCAUGGUGGCAGGAAACUCCGCCCUCGACCUCUUCAACAGCAUCAUGGGAAAAACUCUCAGCAUGUUCCUGAAGAGCAUGUCCACGUAUGUGUCCGACUGCUACGACAGCAUCGCCGUCUUCCUCUGCAUCCACAUCAUCCUGCGGUUCAGAGCCAUCACCGCCAAGAGGACCAUCCCCGCUCUCGACAAGUCAGUGUCCCGUUAAUGAUCCAGUUUAUCUCAGCAGUGGAAAUGUGUUAUUU